GCAAGUAUGUGUCACAAACAACUUAAACUAGACUAACUAGACAAACAAGAUGAAAACACACAUUGGAUUGAGCACUUGGGCAAGAGAUCCUCCUUCUUCUUCUUGUUAUUGCAAACGUAGUGAGAUUCGACAUUGCAAACAUAACAAAAUUUCUGUAUUAAAAAAAACAGCCGCUAAAUUCCACAAGGAAGCAAUGCAAACAUGCCGGCCAUGGCUUACAAUGAUUUGGCCGAACAAUCUACGUCUCGUCUCGUCACGGCCCAAUCCACGAUGAGUCGGCCCGUUAAGGCCUACUCUCACGAGAUCGGACCAAGAAUAGCUUUUGGCCCAUCACAGCCCAAGCGUAUGCGUUUGUGUAGUGCCAUUGUACUGUCAGGCUCAGGCAAGUGUGCCAAUUAAUGGACUCCAAUUAACCUAACCAUUUCUACACUGAUACUAGGUAGAACUACAAGCUGUAACUUAACACAGUAACCAUUAGUUAUUGGCCCAGACGCCAAGCUUGCAUGGGUGACUUGAGCUGCUCUGAAAGUCUGCCUCUACUUCAACGUCGCACAGCUAUGUGCUACGCAUGCAACAAAACGCCUCCUGCGAAACCAAUGCCAAAUCAAAGCAUUGCCUCCAAAGUCAUUUGGCAAGAGACAAAUCACCUCAAUUUUGGCCGAAUUGAUGCAUUCCAUCGCAGCAUUGCACACUCAGAAAUAUAUUCUUUUCUUUCUGGAAAAAUUCUCUCCAGUAGAAGAACCCUUCUGUUUUUUUUCCCCUCGCAAUAAGAAAACGAUUUCUUUUUUUUUUUUUGGUUAUGCAGCAACUAUAAAAUGGAGUUACACACCAAUGGAGCAAUGCAGGCUAGCUAGAAGGCUAACACAACAAUGCAGCAGCAGCAGCGCAGCCGUGAGAUGGCCAGGGCCGGCGAGCCAGCCGCCGCCCACCGCCACCGCGCCGAGAGGGCCGCCGCCGGCGAGCCGGCCACCCGAACUCACCGGACAGAGAGAGCCGGCGAGCCUGCCGCGGCCACCACCACCACCACCACCCGCCGGCCGCCGCCGACGACGACGGAGAGGAAGGAGAGCCUGGAGAGCCUCCUGGACGCGACGGACGCCGCCCGUGGCGGCCGUCGCGGCGGCGGCGGCGUGAAGGCGGCGGUGGCCAGCAGGCAAGGGCUGGAGUUCAAGAACCUGUCGUACAGCGUGGUGAAGAAGCAGAAGAAGGAGGGGGUGAAGGUGAAGAAGGAGGUGUACCUGCUCAACGACAUCUCCGGCGAGGCCCCCCGCGGGCAGGUGACGGCGAUCCUCGGCCCCAGCGGCGCCGGCAAGUCCACCUUCCUCGACGCCCUCGCCGGCCGGAUCGCCAAGGGCAGCCUCGAGGGCUCCGUCCGCAUCGACGGCCGAGCUGUCACGACGAGCUACAUGAAGCAGAUUUCAUCCUACGUGAUGCAAGAUGAUCAGUUGUUCCCGAUGCUGACGGUGCUGGAGACGCUCACUUUCGCAGCUGAAGUGAGGCUGCCCCCAUCACUCUCCAGAGCUGAGAAGCUCAAGCGAGUCUGGGAGCUCAUCGAUCAGCUUGGUUUGCAGACAACGGCUCACACGUACAUUGGGGAUGAAGGGACCCGAGGAGUCUCCGGUGGGGAACGCCGGAGGGUGUCGAUCGGCAUAGACAUCAUCCACAAACCUUCCCUCCUCUUCCUCGACGAGCCGACCUCCGGUCUCGACUCCACCAGCGCGCACAGCGUGGUGGAGAAGGUGAAGGACAUCGCCAGAGGAGGGAGCAUUGUGCUCAUGACGAUUCACCAGCCAUCUUUCAGGAUCCAGAUGCUUCUUGACAGGCUUGUCAUCCUCGCAAGGGGAAGGUUGAUCUACCUAGGAAGCCCAAGCACACUGCAAACACACCUGGCUGGAUUUGGCAGGCCGGUGCCGGAUGGUGAGAACAGCAUUGAGUAUCUCCUGGAUGUCAUCAAGGAGUACGAUGAAUCAACAUCGGGGCUUGAGCCUCUGGUUGCCUACCAGAGGGACGGCACGAAACCCGACGGCGCCGCGAAAACUCCGGUGCCAAGAACACCGAGAACGCCGCACCAGAAGUCGGUGCAGUUCAGGCAGAUCCAACUCAAGAGCAACCAGUUCUCCCUCAACAGCGGCGCCGCCAAUGGCAACACCUUCUCCAACUUCGAGUCGUCGUACAAUGUCGAUGGCGGCGGCGAUGACGACGAUGAGGAUUUUGAUAAUUCGCUCGAGAGGAAGUUGCAGACGCCGAUGCACGCCGGCGGUCCAGCUUCGGGGUACCAGCCGAGGCUGGCGUCACAGUUCUACAAGGAUUUCUCGGUCUGGGUCUACCAUGGCGUCACCGGGAGCACGCCGCACCGGCGGCCGACAUGGACACCGGCGAGAACGCCGGUGUCGAGCUUCCAGCGUGGCCGCGCCGUGACAAUGACGCCAACGCCGCAGAACAACCCGCAGCGGCGGCCUCCUCCGCCUCCGUCUCCACAUGUGCCGGUGUUCAAGCCGGAGGAGCCGACGUACCACGAGUACGAGCUUGACCUGGAGCCGCCGCUGGACGCGCCGGAAGAGGACUACAACGGCGGCCAUCGUCCCAAGUUCGCCAACCCGUGGCCGCGGGAGGUGGCGGUGCUGUCGUGGCGCACGGUGCUCAACGUGGUGCGCACGCCGGAGCUGUUCCUCUCUAGGGAGGUGGUGCUCGCGGCGAUGGCGGUCAUCCUCUCCACCAUGUUCCGCCGCCUCGGCGCCGGCGACGUCCCGACGGUGAACCGGCUGCUCAACUUCUACAUCUUCGCCGUCUGCCUCGUCUUCUUCUCCUCCAACGACGCCGUGCCAACCUUCAUCCAGGAGCGGUUCAUCUUCAUCCGGGAGCGGUCGCACAACGCCUACAGGGCGUCGUCCUACGUCGUCGCCUCCCUCGUCGUCUACCUCCCCUUCUUCGCCGUGCAAGGGCUCACCUUCGCCGUGAUCACCAAGCUGAUGCUCCGGAUGGAGAGCAGCCUGCUCCACUUCUGGGUCAUCCUCUUCGCCUCCCUCAUCACCACCAACGCCUACGUCAUGCUCGUCUCGGCGCUCGUCCCCAGCUACAUCACCGGCUACGCCGUCGUCAUCGCGACGACGGCGCUCUUCUUCCUCACCUGCGGCUUCUUCCUCAAGCGGACGCUCAUCCCGGUGGGGUGGAGGUGGCUGCACUACGCCUCCGCGAUCAAGUACCCGUUCGAGGCGCUGCUGGUGAGCGAGUUCAAGGGGGGCCGGUGCUACGCCGGCGACCGCGCCGACCUCUCGCCGGGGCCGCUCGGGGGGUUCAAGCCCAGCAGCCUCCGGCGGGAGCUCAACGCCAGCGACGCGGCGUGCCCGUUGAUGGGGCAGGACGUGCUCUCCACACUGGACAUCACCAUUGACAGCAUCUGGGUUGAUGUUGCCAUCCUGCUUGCAUGGGGUGUCCUCUAUCGCCUCCUCUUCUAUGUUGUCUUGAGGUUCUACUCCAAGAAUGAGAGGAAGUGAAUUACUAUUAGGAUGCAGGAAAUGUAUUAUAUAUAUACGGCAUAUGUGGAGUAUAUGUGUUUGGUGCAUUUGUAAUCUUUGUUUGCAAGAAGUCAUAAGGUAAACCUAUGUUCUUCAAAAGGAUUUUUUUGGGGAGAGAAAAUCAAUAAUAAAUUUGUUUUAACUGAUUCA